GGGAGCGCGGGGCGGGGGCAGCGGCGGCUGCCUCCAGCUGUCAGCGCCCGCUCCGCCCGGGCCGGGCCCUGCGCCGAGCAGCGCGGCCGCCGGGCUGGGCCGGGGCUGCCAGCGCUUCGGGGGAGGCACUGAGGGUGCCGCGGUGCUGACCCGCUUCCUUCCUUCCUUCCCUCCCUCCUUCCCUCCCUCUCUCUCUUCGCUCCUCUAUCCCCCCUCACCCCCCCAAAAAAACCCCAACCCUUUUCCUUCCUCCCUUCCGCCCGCCCAUCGCUGACAUCCUCCUCCGGUCGCCUCCUCCCCACCCACCCUGCCCCCCCCGCCGCGGGCUGCGCGGCCCCCGCCGCCUCAGCGAGCGCUGCGCACAUCGCCCGAGCCUGCAGCACCGAGCGAAUGUAUGAAAACAUGUCCACAAUGGUGUAUUUAAAGGAAGAGAAGUUGGAGAAGCUUACUCAAGAUGAAAUCAUUGCCAAAACUAAGCAAGUGAUUAAUGGACUAGAGGCACUCAAGAAUGAACACAAUUCAAUUUUACAGAGCUUGCUCGAAACACUGAAGUGUUUGAAGAAAGAUGAUGAAACUAAUCUGGUUGAAGAAAAAUCAAACAUGAUUCGAAAGUCACUGGAAAUGCUGGAGCUUGGCCUUAGUGAAGCACAGGUGAUGAUGGCCUUGUCAAAUCACUUAAAUGCAGUGGAAUCGGAGAAGCAGAAAUUGCGUGCUCAGGUUCGCCGGCUAUGUCAGGAAAAUCAGUGGCUACGGGAUGAACUAGCCAAUACACAACAGAAACUACAGAAAAGUGAGCAAUCUGUGGCUCAACUGGAGGAAGAAAAGAAACAUCUAGAGUUCAUGAAUCAGUUAAAAAAAUAUGACGAUGAUAUUUCACCAUCAGAGGAUAAAGACACUGAUUCCACUAAAGAGCCUUUGGAUGACUUAUUUCCCAAUGAUGAAGAUGACCAAGGACAAGGAAUUCAACAGCAGCAUAGCAGUGCAGCAGCUGCUGCCCAACAAGGUGGCUAUGAAAUUCCAGCAAGAUUAAGGACCCUUCAUAAUCUUGUUAUUCAGUAUGCUUCCCAAGGUAGAUAUGAGGUUGCCGUACCUCUCUGUAAACAAGCUCUUGAAGAUCUGGAGAAGACUUCGGGUCAUGAUCAUCCUGAUGUUGCCACUAUGUUGAACAUACUUGCUCUGGUGUACAGAGACCAGAACAAAUACAAAGAUGCAGCAAAUCUCCUGAAUGAUGCCUUGGCUAUCCGUGAAAAGACUUUGGGCAAAGAUCAUCCAGCGGUGGCAGCAACUCUAAACAAUCUUGCAGUACUUUAUGGUAAACGAGGAAAAUACAAAGAAGCUGAACCAUUGUGUAAGCGAGCUCUGGAAAUCAGAGAAAAGGUCCUGGGGAAGGAUCACCCUGAUGUUGCCAAACAAUUAAAUAAUUUGGCUUUACUAUGCCAGAACCAGGGUAAAUAUGAGGAGGUUGAAUACUACUAUCAGAGGGCCCUGGAAAUUUACCAAACUAAGCUGGGACCAGAUGAUCCAAAUGUUGCAAAAACAAAGAAUAACCUGGCAUCCUGCUAUCUAAAACAGGGCAAAUUUAAGCAAGCAGAAACUUUAUACAAAGAGAUUCUUACUCGUGCUCAUGAACGGGAAUUUGGCUCUGUAGAUGAUGAAAAUAAGCCUAUUUGGAUGCAUGCAGAAGAGAGGGAAGAAUGCAAAGGAAAGCAAAAAGAUGGCACAUCUUUUGGAGAAUAUGGGGGCUGGUACAAAGCUUGCAAAGUUGACAGUCCAACAGUAACAACUACCUUAAAGAACCUUGGGGCACUUUACAGACGGCAGGGAAAAUUUGAAGCUGCUGAAACAUUAGAAGAGGCAGCAAUGAGAUCUCGUAAACAGGGUCUUGACAAUGUUCAUAAACAGAGAGUUGCUGAAGUGCUGAAUGACCCUGAGAGCAUAGAAAAAAGGCGAAGCCGAGAAAGCCUCAAUGUUGAUGUGGUAAAGUACGAGAGUGGUCCUGAUGGAGGCGAGGAAGUGAGUAUGAGCGUAGAAUGGAAUGGGGAUGGCACUGGAUCUUUAAAACGCAGUGGUUCCUUUAGCAAGCUUCGUGCUUCCAUUAGACGCAGCAGUGAGAAGCUGGUUAGAAAGCUGAAGGGAGGAAGUUCACGGGACAGUGAACCAAAGAACCCGGGCAUGAAGCGUGCCAGUUCUCUGAAUGUUCUUAACAUGGGUGGCAAGGCUACUGAAGAUCAUUUUCAAGAACGAAAUAAUUGUCUGACAGACUCGAGAGCUCUGAGUGUCAGUCAUACUGAUUUGGCGCAUUGAGAUUCUUGGACAGAAGCUAGCUAAUAUUCCUUUGUGAAUAAAGAAGCACUGAGACCUUCAAAGCUUUGGUUCCUCAUCACUAUGUAUAGGAACAACUAGUUUGUAGAUCCUUCAUUGUUUUUGUUUUGUUUUCCAGUGGACUGCUGUUUUUCCUUUUCUAAAUAGGGAUGAUUUUAAGCACUGCAUUAGUGGGUAUUUUCUUCUAAAGGAAAACGAUAUAGAUCUAUAUUGCUUGUUGCACUGCUCCCAUUCAUGUUACUUAUGUUGGUUUCUUAUAGUAGAUCUGAAUAUUACAGCAGCCAAAAAAAUGUAAAAAUACAAAUGUAUUUAAAGCAUACCAAAAUGCAGGCAAAAUUAAGUGUGUAGCAGUAAAUAUAUACAGUGCUGCAAUGAGAAAAGGAUAAAUUUAUGUGCAUUACUGUAUAAAUUCAAGUUGAGCAUACUGUAUUGGUGGGGCUGUCCUUUGCACCACUGAUCAUUAUAAUGUUAGAAACGUUAGCUGGCAGAACAGCACUUAGACACAGCUUACUUAACCACUAGACUAAGCUAUUAAAUUUUCCAGAAGAGAUGGUUGGGGUUACAUUACAUAUAGAUAGCAGGACUAGCAAUACCUGUGACCAUAACUUUGAUACUUGUUGAGAUAAGUCUUAGGGCACAAUAGUCAAUGGAGACAGGACAGUUCCUGUGGAUCAGGAGAAAUGGGUAAUGUUUUGACUUUUACCUGCUAUGGUUGAAGAAUACUGAAGUUUUGGACUGCAACUGUCCCAGAGCAGCUGCUGUUGCCUUUAGGGAAACAUCAAGCCUCAGGUUGACUUUCUUGCUCUGUCCACUGGAAUUCACAACCCCGUUCUCUGUAUGCUGAAAGCGCUCCAGCAUUUCCGUACGCUGAUCCCAAACCCUGCCCCUCUCUGCCAUAGCCAGUGACAGCAGAAGCAGGGAACCGCACGCUAGGCGGUUACGCUGCGGAGUGGCUGCUGGGCGAAGGACCACGCGAAUCCUGAGGGCCCCGUGGGAGCACUAGAUGGCCGUAAGUGGCAAGCAGCUCGUUUGACCACACAUCCAUGCUCCGUCUACUUACGGUUAAUAUACAUGCUGUCUGUAUAUAGAACUGCUGCUGGAACUAAGUAUGUAUGUUUUAAGUAUUUUAUAGACACUAGUAUUUCCUUUUGCUUUUCUGUAAAGCUUGUAAUUUUGUUCAUCUUUUGUAAAAAUCCUUAUUCAUGUGAAGCUGGAUGAGUAAGUAAAAAAAAACAACUAGUGUGCGUACAAAUGUAUUUGUGGUCACAGUUGUGAGUUGGAAAAUGCUGAACGAAAUUAACUUUGGGAAAAGCUGGAAUAUUCACUCAAGGUCAGCGCCAGGUGAAGGAGGUAAAAGAGGGACAGAAGCAAGUUUUUGUAUUUGAACAGGCUGUGAAGAGUCAUUAGGAUUAGUACUUCUUAGAAGUAUUUUGACUGGCUUUGCAUCUGGCUUUAAGUUGUGUUACGACACCGGAUGCAAAAAAUUGUAUAUGUAAUGCACUUGACUGUGUUUACCAGGAGGUACCUUAUUAGCAUCUCUGGAAAGAAAGCUGCGUAUGGUAUACCUGCUAUAAAGACAGUUUAGAAACAGUGAGAUACGAUGCUGCUAAUAUGUAGAAGUUUUAGCACAGAGUAGUGCAAUUCCUUAAUGAACUUGAGCAAGAGCAGAUUGUUGCUCAGUUACCUUAACAAUAUAUACUCAUAUAACGUAGACUCUUGAGUUUUAAUCUUAUUAAGAGCUUUUUAUAUUAAAAAAUACAUAAUAUAUAUGCUUUUCCCCCCCCUAAAGCAAAGCAUGGUCAGCGGGCCCAGCGGGGGGUUCGGGUCUCGGCAGGAACCCGGCCGGGGCCGGCUUUGCAGGAGGAGCCGCGGGGCGGGGGGAGCCCUGCGAGCCCCCCCCCUUCGCCCAGAGCCUGCGCCGUGCCCCCCGGCCCCUCCCCGCCGUGCAGCCGGGGGGGCGGCGGGCGGGCAGACAGACAGACAGACGCCCCGCUGCAGGCAGGCAGACAGACAGACAGACAGACAGACGCCCCGCUGCAGGCAGGCAGACAGACAGACAGACGCCCCGUACCUCGCCGCUGUGUGGAGCUCAGUGCUUCGCUCGGAGACUCUUACAGAAGUCUGGCUGCCCCAAAACCCCACAGAACUAUUCAGAUGCAGAACUGAUUUUGGUGAUAAAGAAUUACUUAAAAGAAAUUGAAGAAUGUGUUUUCUACAUUCAUCUUCCAAUUCUGAAGGAAAAUUAUUUCUGCAGCCUCAAAAAAACCCCCAAACCCCACCUUGUGUAAGUAGCAAUAAAAUAUUUAACCAUGCCAGAUUACAGUGCACAUUAAGUUUUUUUAAAUGCAAGACUGUGGUAUGUUGGUGGUGAUAGUGAGGGAACUUUCUUGUUCAGGAUCUUACUGUUGGUGGCAUUACUAGUACUGUGCUUUUAAAUGUUUUAAACCUUUAUAUAGUAUUUUAAAGUGGGCUGGAAGAUUAAGUUGUUGAGCUACUGCUUAUUAAACAGUUCUUAAAUUUAAAAGUUUUUUUUUUUUUUUU